AUGCCAGAACUGAAUCAAGAAGAAGAGUGGCAGUACUUCGAAGAAGAGCUUGAUAUAAAUGAUUUCCCACAGCAAGUUCGGUAUCGCGUCUGCAGUCGGGAGUCUCUUGGUCAUAUUUCGGAAUUUGCCGAUGUUGGAAUCUCAGUAAAAGGUUCACAUUACCCGCCAGGAAAAGAACCAAAAGACGGAGAAAGGAAGUUAUAUUUAUUGCUGGAAGCUCGACACGAGAGAAAUUUGAAAUGUGCCAAGGAGGAGAUCGUUCGCAUAAUGAAGGAUGCUUUCCGACAACUGACGGCACAAAUGCAGCGAGGCGGACCGACAGGACGUUACAAAGUGUUUUGA